CUCUCUCAGAUCCAAAUCUCUCUCUCUCUCUCUCUCUCUCUCUCUCUCUCUCAGAUCUCUCGAUUCCUCGCCUUCGUUUCUCCAUAGCCCUCGAUCUUCGUCCAGUUCGAUCUUCCCUCCGAUUCAGCUCUUCAUCGUAUCGGAUCUAAACCGUCGAGUUCUUGACGAUUAACAACGGAUUCAGUCAUGAAUCCCUUCUCCUCGGGAACUCGGUUGAGGGAUAUGAUUCGGGCCAUACGUGCUUGCAAAACUGCAGCUGAGGAACGUGCCGUUGUAAGAAAAGAAUGUGCUGCCAUACGUGCUGCAGUUAGUGAUAAUGACCAAGAUUAUAGACACCGCAACCUGGCAAAACUCAUGUUCAUCCAUAUGCUUGGUUACCCCACACAUUUUGGUCAAAUGGAAUGCCUUAAGCUGAUUGCAUCCGCUGGAUUUCCUGAGAAGAGAAUAGGAUAUCUUGGUCUCAUGUUACUUCUCGAUGAAAGACAAGAAGUUCUUAUGCUGGUUACUAACUCUUUAAAACAAGACCUCAAUCACUCAAAUCAGUAUAUUGUGGGGCUUGCCCUUUGUGCAUUAGGGAACAUUUGCUCAGCAGAAAUGGCUCGUGAUCUCGCACCCGAAGUGGAAAAACUGCUUCAGAGUAGAGACCAAAAUAUCCGGAAAAAGGCUGCAUUAUGCUCUAUAAGGAUUAUUAGGAAAGUCCCAGAUCUGGCGGAAAAUUUUAUGACGCCUGCUGCUUCUUUACUGAAAGAAAAACAUCAUGGGGUUCUAAUAACUGGAGUUCAGCUCUGUACCGAACUAUGCAAAGCCAGCGUGGAGGCUCUUGACUAUUUAAGAAAGUACACGGACAACUUGGUUCGAGUUCUGAAGGACCUCAUGGGGAGUCCAUAUGCACCUGAGUACGACAUUGCUGGGAUUACAGAUCCUUUCCUACAGAUCCGAUUGCUUAGACUCUUGCGCAUGUUGGGCCAUAGAGAUGCAGAUUCUAGUGAUAGUAUGAAUGACAUUCUUGCCCAGGUGGCAGCAAAAACCGAGUCGAACAAAAAUGCAGGGAAUGCCAUACUGUAUGAAUGCGUGGCAACUAUUAUGGGCAUUGAAGCUAAUAGUGGCCUACGUGUGCUUGCUAUUAAUAUUUUGGGAAGAUUCCUGUCAAACCGUGACAACAAUAUAAGAUAUGUUGCGUUGAACAUGUUGAUGAAGGCUGUUGCAGUAGAUGCUCAAGCAGUACAGAGGCACCGGGCAACAAUUUUGGAAUGCGUAAAGGAUUCAGAUGCUUCGAUUAGGAAAAGGGCCCUUGAGCUUGUUUUCCUUCUAGUGAAUGACAGCAAUGUGAAGCCUUUGACAAAAGAACUUAUUGAAUAUCUGGAAGUAAGCGAUCCAGAUUUCAAGGGGGAUCUUACCGAAAAAAUUUGCUCCAUUGUUGAAAAGUUUUCCCCUGAUAAGUUAUGGUAUAUUGACCAGAUGCUCAAGGUUCUCUCUGAGGCUGGCAAUUAUGUAAAAGAUGAGGUAUGGCAUGCCCUUAUAGUUGUUGUCAGCAACGCUUCAGACCUUCAUGGAUAUACUGUAAGAUCCCUUUACAGGGCGUUCCAAACUUCAGGUGAACAGGAAAGUCUUGUUCGAGUGGCAGUCUGGUGCAUUGGAGAAUAUGGUGAAAUGCUGGUUAAUAAUACUGGGGUGCUUGAUGGAGAAGAACCAAUGACUGUAACAGAAUCCGAUGCUGUGGAUGUUAUCGAGUCUGCCUUGAGACGUCACAUGUCAGACAUCACUACUCGAGCAAUGUCUCUAAUUGCUCUUUUAAAGCUCUCAUCUCGUUUCCCGCAUUGUUCACAGAGAAUAAGAGAAAUUAUCAUCCAACAAAAAGGAAGCCUGGUUCUCGAGUUGCAGCAAAGAUCCAUUGAAUUCAAUUCUAUUAUUCAGAAGCAUCAAAAUAUCAAGUCUGCUUUGGUUGAACGAAUGCCAGUUCUUGAUGAGGCAGCUUAUAUUCUAAAGAGGACCAGCUCUUCUCCGGCGACCCUUUCAUCCGAAAAAACUAGCAAAUCUAUCUCUUCAGGAGCUUCACUUAAUCUUCCAAAUGGAGUUGCCAAACCUCCUGCAGCUCCGCUCGUAGAUUUACUUGAUCUGAGUUCAGAUGAUGCCCCAGCACCAAGUUCUUCUGGUGGUGAUUUUCUGCAGGAUCUGUUGGGUGUAGGUUUGACGCCCAGUCCUCCUGUAUCAGGUAUGAGCCAGGCCUCAACAGGCGGUGCAGAUAUUCUACUGGAUCUUUUGUCAAUUGGAACUUCUCCUGGGCAAAAUAAUUUGUCAGCACCUAAUUUGCUAUUAGCCAAUCAAGAUAACAUGCCAUCAAUGUCUCCCUUAGAUACGUUGUCAUCACUUUCUUCUCCAGCUUCUGCCCAAGCCUCUCAAAUAUCAUUACUGGAUUCUGUGAAAGAUACUGUUGUUCAGACAAAGUCUGCUGCAGGAUCUGCUCCAGUAAUGGAUUUAUUGGAUGGUUUGUCCUCUAAUUUAUCGACUCCUGGAGAAAGCAAUCCAGUUUAUCCAUCUAUUCUUGCAUUCCAGAGCAAGUCACUAAAGAUAAUGUUCAGCUUCUCGAAGCAGCCUGGGAAAUCACAAAUUACAUUGAUUCAGGCUACUAUUAUGAAUAUGUCAUCAAAUAUUUACACAGAUUUUGUUUUUCAGGCAGCUGUUCCAAAGUUUGUUCAGUUACACUUAGAGCCAGCUAGCGGUAACGUUCUUCCUGCCAGCGGUAAUGGGUCAAUCACGCAAAGUUUGAGUGUUACUAACAGCCAACAUGGGCAGAAAGCCCUUGCCAUGCGUAUACGGAUAGCCUACAAAGUGAACAACCAAGACGUGCUCGAGCAAGGACAGAUCAACAACUUUCCUCCCGGUUUGUAGGGGUGGAAAUACACUUUUUCGAGGUUAAUUUGGUGUAGGCAUCAUUUUCGCCCGCCACUUAAGUAGCUCCUCUAUGUUGAUCGGGACCCUGUGGACAAGCUCAUCAACGUCCUUGAUGCUAUCAGGCACACAGUCACUGGCAUCAACUUGUACGAGUCGAUUUUCAGCACCUGCUGAUUGCCUUGGUUUUGUGGUUUAUGUACAUUAUAUGUUUCAUAGAGUAGUAGGAACGGAAUUUGCUCGAGAGACUUGAGUUUGUCAUUGAAAAAUGUUGAGGUUGCCAUUAGCUGGUUGUUUCGAUUUUUUGAAAUUUCAAUGGUGCUGUGUGGAUGGUGAUGGGGAUUUAGAUUGUGAUUCUUGUUGCUAGAAGAAGCAAAAGGGAACAAUAACUUUGCUGCCGCUUUUUUCUUUCUUUCUUUCUUUUCUGAGAUGAUCGAUCAUUAUGGGAAUUGUGAUUCUCCAUUGUAGAAUUCAGUAUCGUUUCAUACUUACAAGCACUUAAGAAAAUGGAGUGAUUAUUGAGUUUGA